AACUACGUAUAUAUGUAGUAAAAUCUAAAAAGGUUGAAACUGUGUGGAGAGCAUGGGUUAUGAUAUUGAGCGUUUCGUUGGCUACGUUAAUGAAGGGCUAUUAUGCUCCAUCUGCCGUGAUGUGUUAGAAGAUCCAUUACAGGCUCCUUGUGAACACGCUUUCUGUACUGCUUGUAUACAUGGAUGGCUUGUUCAUCACAGUAACUGCCCUGAAGACAGACAAAUGAUUGAUGUAUCUGUGCUACGACCUCUCUACAGGUAUAUGAAAAAUGAUUUAAACCGUCUUCAACUACAUUGCAAAAACAGAGAGUAUGGCUGUGAAAUGGUUUGUUCUCUGGAGUCUAUAGACAGGCAUGAAAGGGAGUGUGAAUACAGUCAGAUACCUUGCUCCAAUGCCGGUUGUACAGUUCAGAUUGAACGACGUAACUUAGAUGGUCACCUGGCAGUGUGUGAAUAUCGGAGCCGUGAAUGCCCCAAUGGUUGUGGUUACACCAUUCUCAGUGCAGAAGACACACAGCACAAUUGUGUAGCAGAGCUAAGAACCGAGCUAGAACUACUUCGGUCAGAAAUGAUUUGCAGAGUGGAGGAGGCAAAACAUGAGAUGGAGUCAAGGUUAGAUUCACAGAGAAGGCAUAUGGUCCAAAAAGAGAGUAUUCUGCAAAAUGAAAUCGAAGAACUAAAGAGUCAGAUGUCACGAAUGAUGUCAGAUGUACGCUCUCUGAUGGCUGCAGAGAGACAGCACCGUCAAGAGCUGGAGCAGGCAGAGCUGGAAAAGCGGGAAUUAAUGGAGCUGCUGAGGGGGCUGCAGAAGGACUGUCGAUUAACUACUACAGAAGGAAGCAGGAAGUCAAUAAAUUUCCGCCCUCUAGCACGACUAGAGAGUGUAAAACGAAAACCUAGGGAAGUUACAGUUAUCUAA